AAAAAUUGUAACGUGCAAAAAAUUUAAACUGUGUUGAUUUGUAUUGUAAUUGCGAAAUUUGUGGUAAAAUCAUACAUAUUUUACAAAAACUGAAAAAAUUAAAAGACUAAGCAAUUAAAAGACUCGCUGAACCAGCUGAGAACCAUAGGCCAGCGGUGACGACGGAUGCUGAGGUCCAAUCGGCGAACAAUUGAAUAACAGCGUAUAAAAAUGAGCAAAACUACGAAAAGCACACAUAAUCAAAGCAACCAGAAUAACGACGAUAAGGAAGCUGGACAAUAUGACGAGAUGUCGGACGAAUUGACGGUUUCCAGCUCGGACACAGAUGUUGUGCAAACGCGAAAAUCACGCAAACUUCAGCCAACAGAUGCCGCAGAUCAUGGGGAGGGUGGCAUGUACGACCGAGGUGGUCGGCGACGGCGCCGCAGUGGUAGACGAAGUGGUAGUCGACGCAGACGUUCACGUUCACGUUCUCGCAGACGUCGCCGCCGCUAGAUGCAUUUUAUUCCUGGCAGUUUACUUUUUUAUUUUUUGGAUAAAUUUCGUGUGAAGAAAAUUUGCAUUUUUUCUGGUUGAC